UCUGUACCAAAAGCGGUAACCCCGAGCUACACUCGGGCUUACCAUGCGGCGCUGCAUAGGGAGUCCCUGCAGAGCUUACCUUGUCCUUCGCUCCCGCGAUAUGUCCCCUGCAGAGUCCCCGGCCAUCUCCUCUGGCUGAUGCCGGCAUCCGGCUUCUGUGUUCCGGUCCCUGUGACGUCAGGACGUACGGGCGCCGCCGGUGGCGGGAAAUUUGAAAAUUUUUUAAAAAUUUCAUUUUUUUCAAAACUAAUUUUACAUAUGCUUUGGUCCUGUCCCCUGUCUGCAUUUUGACUGUUCUUUCUG